GCGGACACAUAAGAAAAAAGACCAAGUAACUGAAUAGAUUUCAACGAUGGUUCGCGGACCGAUUAGAAUGGUUUUGUCUCGAAAUUAGACUUCAUGAAGCAUGGCUAAUAAACGUGUUGUAUAUUUUUACGACGAAGACGUAGGAAAUUUCCAUUAUGGUCCAGGUCACCCUAUGAAACCCCAUCGCUUGACAUUAACACACAAUCUUGUCUUUAACUAUGGCCUGCACAAGAAUAUGGAGGUAUACAAGCCAUACCGAGCCACGGAUCAUGAUAUGUGUAGAUUCCAUGCCCAAGAUUACAUAAAGUUUUUAUCAAGGGUAACUGUUGAUGAUAUUCCAAGUUUGACAAAAAAUCCAAGUAAUUUCAAUGUAGGAGAAGACUGUCCUGUUUUUUCAGGUUUAUUUGAGUUUUGCUCAAUCUAUACUGGUGCAUCAUUAGAAGGCUCAGUAAGACUGAAUCAAGGGGUUUGUGAUAUUGCUAUCAACUGGGCUGGUGGACUUCAUCAUGCCAAGAAAUGUGAGGCUUCAGGCUUCUGCUAUGUGAAUGACAUUGUUGUUGCCAUUCUUGAACUUUUAAAAUAUCACAAUAGAGUUCUGUAUGUUGAUAUUGAUAUUCACCAUGGUGAUGGAGUACAGGAGGCCUUCUACUUGACAGAUCGAGUCAUGACAGUUUCAUUCCACAAGUUUGGCAACCAGUUCUUCCCUGGGACAGGUGACAUGUAUGAAAUAGGUGUUGACAAUGGUAAAAUGUACUCCAUUAAUGUACCCCUUAAAGAUGGCAUUGAUGAUCAAAACUAUGAGUAUCUAUUUAAGCCUAUUAUCAAUAUGGUGAUGGACCACUACAGACCAAGUGCCAUUGUAUUACAGUGUGGUGCUGACUCCCUUGGCUGUGACCGACUGGGUUGCUUUAAUCUUAGCAUUAAAGGACAUGGUGAAUGUGUCAAGUUCAUGAAGUCUUUCAAUCUUCCUAUGUUAGUCCUUGGUGGAGGGGGAUACACAAUCAGGAAUGUUGCAAGAUGCUGGGCAUAUGAGACGUCACUACUACUUGACAAGGAGGUAUCAAGUGAAAUCCCUUACAAUGAUUACCUGGAAUACUUUGGACCAGACUUUUCACUUUAUCCUGACAUUGCCUCAAGGAUUGACAACCAAAAUACAAAACAGUACCUGGAUCAGAUACGAACUACGGUGUUUGAAAAUAUCAAAAGUUUAAAUGGAGCCCCAAGUAUUCAGAUGCAAGAAGUUCCGCCGGAUUACCUUUGUAUAGAGAACAAUGAAGACCAGACUGAUGCAGACAGCAGACAGCAAGAUGRUGAUUCCAGAUUUGCAGAUAACGAGUACUAUGACGGAGAACAAGAUAUUGACAAGGAUGAUUCUCCACUGGACGUAUAGCGUCACAAACWCAGCAGUCGACACGUACAAAGCAAGUGCUAAAACCUAUAAUCUGGGGAAUAAAGAAACAGGUGUCUUCGAUUUUGACGCCAUGACGGACACCCAUUACACGGACACCGUCAUUAUUAAGAUCAUGAUUGAACUUUAUUCACUGGAUAAUCGAUGUCCUUAAUUUUAUACUAUUUCAACAUUGGAAAUUUGAUGUUGCUAUUGAUGAUCCUUAAAAACUAUUUUCAAACAAGAUGCUGUAGUUUCUCUGUACAAAUUUUCUACAUACUUUGUAAAUAUAGAUUUAAUUUACAUGGUUAGAAAUCGAAUAUUUAAGGUCCGCCGGUAAAUAAAGGAUGUCAUUGGAGAAUUGAUAACCGGGGUUAAUCGGGGAAUCCUCCAAUAAACCAAGGUAGUAAUAUAGACUCCGUAUUACAGAAAAAUGCCUUUAUAGACGUUAUAAUACAGGUCAUGAAAUAUACAACUAAACAUACAUAGGCGUACUUAUAGUUGUUAGAACGGUCCGUUGUACGUUAGAAAACGAGGUUGGCGACACUGGCAGUUUCCUUAUUCGUACUCAAAUUUUCAAGGGCAUUUGAGAGACGGAACAAGCGUAUUUCGCGAGCAUCUAUGGGUGUAGYUCAUGAAACUUAAAGUAAAAAACGCUUUUGUUUGCUUGUACUCGCAAAUAUUAGUGCGAUGUAGGUAUGACAUAUUUCUUGUGUUCAGGUAAAGAUUCAUAAAUAAUAAAAUACAUUCGCUAUUUCA